CCCCCCCCAUGACAGCAUGGAGUGGACCUCAAAGGGCCAGUUCGUGAAGGCGAGCCCUCACGAGCGCCUCUUCUCUGACGUCUCGAUCAGGCCUGGCGGCGGCGUGGGGGAGCCGUGGUAUGGUCGUGUCCUGGUGCUUUUCCAUUACCAGGAUGGGGAGGUGGAGAAGCGCGGGGCGUUCAUCCAGUACUACACCGAGGCGCAGAAGCCUUGCCCCAUCACCAGGUGCAAGCGCCUGACGCCAACCUUGGGCAUCGACAACUAUGCCGUUGUGGACGUGGACAGCAUCCUGAGCCUUGCACAU